GGCAGGCGCGCUCUCGACACUCCUGUGCUGUUAUUCGCCUUUAGGACCGAGUGGCACUGUAGAGGAUUACAAUGACAAACAAUUUGGGACCGAUCCAGGCUCCCGUUGUGAUAGAAAGUAGACGAGACCCGUCGUGAUUGAAUCUUCAUUCAGUGAACAAAUAUUCAUGGACUGUUAAGAGUGAACAUGAUUGGGAGAAUAGCUUCUGCAUUAUAAGUUUGCUUUAUGUUUUUAGACUCUAUGUGACUGAAUGUGUGGGAAUGAGGCGACUGGAUUCCAAUGGCCUCUAAACCAUCAGGAGAAAACUCAGACAAUGACUGUGAGGAUGUAAUGGGAGCAACUUGUGGAGAGGCCAGUGCAGUGUGUCUAUGCGAGAGGUUCUCUUGCACAACCUACUGUGAACAACAUCCUCAAGCAGAUAUACGAAAGUGUGAACAAUGUGGGAAAAAUCGCUUUAUGCUUACCAGAUACUCAGAGGGAUAUGGAACAGAGGAGGAGGUUGUCCAGUCAGAUCCUCAGGGAGAAAGCGAUGCUGACGCUGAUAUUGAGGACACAGAUAGCAGGCUGCAGGUGGCCGGUUCCUUGCAGCGAGUUAGCUCUCGGAAACGGAAGCGUCAGCGAAUCACCAGGCAGGACACGACCGAGAGCGAGGAUGAUGGAGGGCAAACUCAGAGGACUCAUCGUUGGAAUCUCAGACUGAGUCCCCACCGCACUCACAACAAGACCAUUCUGGAGGAGAGUGUCUCCCAGGUGCGGCCCCUCGUCCUCUGCCACUGCACCGCUGGUGAGGGCCAGACCACGCAGGUGGACGCGCCCAAGGGCCCCAGGAAGUGGUGCCUGACCCAGUGGCCCUCGUCUUUCUCCAGCCCAGUCCUCCUCUUCCUAAUCUUCCUCCCUCUCGCGCUGAGCUUCAUCAUCGUGAUUGUCUCCUUCCUGCUGCCUCUGACCAACACUUGAUCAACAGCUCCUCCUCUCGUGGUUUGUUUGCGUCAUGUUGUGUGGGGUCCAUGCAAGCCUUGUGUUGUGUGUCGCCUAGAGAUCUGAUAGUUGGGUUCCACAAUUGUGUCCCUUUAGCCAUAAUUAAAGUAAUAAAGUUGACCUUUGAACCUUUAAAAUAAAUGUUUAUACCACUAACUACUGUGCCGAACAGCAUAUGUGCUUGUACUGUAAAUUAUGUCACUAUUUAAAUGGUUGCACUUAUUGCUUAAUUUAAUUGAAAUAUUUUGAAGAGCAUAGAAUUAUUUUAUGUACUUGGUUAAAACAUAGAGAUGUCUAUUUUUAUAGUGCCAGUUCUUGGUUGCAGUUAUAAUGUAUUAGAUUUCAUGAAAUCCAGCAAACCCUUAAAUGAUCAAAUAUGUAAGGGAUAAUGCAUAUUCAUUAUCUCACAUGCCAAACAGAUAUUUUUGCAAAAUCUCACUUUAAAAUAGUUUUGUUUGCUGUUUUAUGGCUUUCACUGUAAGAAAAAGAACAAAUGUAUCAAAUCUUUACUUGCUAACUAGUUGUAACAAUUUUUUUAUAAGUGAACACACUUGCAGAAUUAUAUGAUAAAUGUGAAUCAGAAGUACAAAACCCCUUGCCAAAUAUCAGUGUUGUCAUUACCAACAAAUAUUAGAUCUCCAGAUAUUUUGAUGGCACAUUCAUUUCAAUGGAAUGUUCUGCAGCAUUCUCUGGUGCUGAAUAAUAAAAGGUACUAUGUCAGAGGCUUUAAUGAAUCUGUUGAUUUGAUCUAAUGUUAGGGAUUAUGUCCAUGUGCACAAACUUACAAAAUGUGUAAAUAAGAACUAUCUUAUUAAUUUAUGCCUCUCAUAAUUCUUUACUUUUGUGGCUCUCCUCCUUACUCCUAUUUCUUCUCUUCAUUGUUUCUUCCACUCUGACUUCUUUCUUUCUCAGUUCUAAACCUUCCAUUGUUGCACAAACCAGUAACAUUGUUAUUUUUCUCUAUAAUCACUCUACCUCUCACUCUUUCUUUCUCUCUCUCUCUUUCUCUUUUGUGGUGAGUGGGAGAGUGAGGGUCAGUGAGAAGGUCACUUGUGGGAGAAAAAAGAAAUUGUAUGUGACAUAACUAUGCAAUCUGCAGUCAAUCUGUGUGAGUCUCAGACUGAACUGAAGUACACCCUAGAGAAAGUUCAAGCACAAUCACAGAACAGUGAACAUUUAAGUGAAAAUGUGUUUACAAAGCAAGCAACUGGCAGACUCUUAGUAUAGCCUGUGGUGAACAUAAAGGACUAACACUAACCAACCAAGCACAAGUGGUAUUGUCAGAGGGUGACAUACUUUGCAAUAUAGCACCCUUUUGCUUGACUCUGUUGUGUACUCAUUGGGAUUGUGUAUAUCUGUCUGAUCUUGUUGAUGCACUGUGUUUCAAAUAAGCCAAACAAAAAAACAAGCCAUGUUAUCUCCUCUUAGCACUAACAUGUAUUUACUGCGGUAAUACAUUUAGAACCUUUCUUCCCUACCUCAGUAGAUAGGGACUGCCCACGAUUGUAGUGGCAGUCAUAAUAAAUAGCAUUUAUGUGUCAAUGAUGUGUGACUUCUCAUGUAGAGCAAGUCAUUCUGAUGUAUCUCUUCAGCCUCUGGUCCCUUGAUCUCUGGAUCCUCGAUGCCCUAUUUAAUGCCAGACAUGUAUUUAACCAAGGUGUAGACAUUAGGUCCUUAGCAACCAAACACUUCUUGAACUUUUACUUAGGCAGAUUUUGCUGUUUCAUUGCAUGGAUAAAGGAAACAGUCAGGCCUUUUCUUUUAGACCUUUAGUUUUGGUCUUUAAAACUGUUAUGUGAGACAUGUUGCUGGUAAACUGUUGGCCUAGCACUUAUCUAUGUUCGAAAAAGAUUUCCCAUGGCUUAAUCUGAAAUGUUAAAAUGAAUCAAUGUUGAUAAACCAAAGUUAUCCCCAAGAAUGCAUUUAAUGUUUUGUCUAUUUAACAAAGCUAUUUGACAACACGCUCUACUUGUCUUCUUAUAAGGACGUUCCCUUGAAAAUAUGAUGUCUUUUUGUAUGUCAUGCCUGUAGGGGUUGGAUAAGAGUGAGUAAGACUGAAAGGUUGAUGAUUGAAAGCUUAAUACCACAGUAUGAAUGCAGUAUUUUAAUAUGCUCUUUCUACACCUAUAAUCCAGUGGCUCUCUCAUAAAUGUUGACAUGGAAUGUUAAACAAAAAGACUAAAACUAAGCCUUUGUGACCGCUUAAAAUAAUAUGCCACAGCAAGUUGAUGAUGCCAGUCCUCUUAAUGUCUAAACUGAGAGAAAGAAAAUACUUCUCAGUUUAACAUCUGUGCCACAGAUAUACUCAAAGUUGCUUUGACUUACUUAGUGGAGUUACAGUAACUUAAAGUGAGUUGGCACAACAUUUCUCACACAUAUUUGCAGGUGAGCAGAUAUUUUUUAUGGAGUAUGAUCAAGCCCUUUUAUUAGAACGACACAAGAUGUGUAAGACUACAUGUUAAUGAGCAACCUAGUCCUUAGAGAUAAUAAAAAAUGCUUGCCUUUGAAGCAAGAUUUAGAUGAAGCAUUUUUAAAAUUGUGCAAAUAGAGUAGAAGAGUAUAAACCACAAAUAACAGAGGUGGCACCUUACUUACACUCUUGGGUGCUUUCAACUGUGCAACCACCUGCUAUCCAGAGCCUCAGUUUUGUUGAUCUGUUGUAAUAACCAUCAUGUGUAAAUGUCAGAUAAACAAGGUUUGGGUCCCCCAAAAAAAAAAAAAAAACAUGUCUUGAAAAUAAAUCCAACAGAAAUUAAGGGAAUGUUUCAAUUUCAUUACAAAACACAAUUGGACAGUUAUAAGGCUUAACUCUUUUCUUGAUUUGAAUAGUCUGUGUGUAUGUAUGUGUAGGAGAUGAGUUUCUGUGUGUAUAUAUGCAUAUGCACAUAUUUAUUUAUUUGUUCAUUUAUUUGUUCUGUAUAUACUGUAUAUUGUUGUGUGUUUAUUGAUUUUCUUGGUCCAAGUUGGAAUAAAACCAAAAGCACACCCA